GGCGAUGGUGGCGGAGUUGCUGGGGGCGGAGGCAACGUAGCCCCUGCAGAAAAGGAGCCCGGCGGCGCCGGAGCCGAGCCCAGGAUGGAGAACCGGCCGGGGUCCUUCCAGUACGUCCCGGUGCAGCUGCAAGGGGGGGCACCCUGGGGCUUCACCCUUAAAGGGGGUCUGGAGCACUGCGAGCCGCUCACGGUGUCUAAGAUUGAAGAUGGAGGCAAAGCAGCCCUGUCCCAGAAGAUGAGGACUGGUGAUGAGCUGGUGAAUAUCAAUGGCACUCCAUUAUAUGGCUCCCGCCAAGAGGCCCUCAUCCUCAUCAAAGGCUCCUUCCGGAUCCUCAAGCUGAUUGUCAGGAGGAGAAACGCCCCUGUCAGUAGGCCGCACUCAUGGCAUGUGGCCAAGCUGCUAGAGGGAUGCCCUGAAGCAGCCAGCACCAUGCACUUCCCUUCUGAAGCCUUCAGCUUGUCCUGGCAUUCCGGCUGCAACACAAGUGACGUGUGUGUACAGUGGUGUCCACUCUCCCGGCACUGCAGCACUGAGAAAAGCAGCUCCAUUGGCAGCAUGGAGAGCCUAGAGCAGCCAGGCCAAGCCACCUAUGAGGGCCACCUCUUGCCUAUUGACCAGAACAUGUAUCCAAACCAGCGUGACUCAGCCUAUAGCUCCUUCUCAGCUAGCUCCAAUGCCUCUGACUGUGCUCUUUCCCUGAGGCCAGAGGAGCAAGCUUCCACAGACUGCAUUGUGCAAGGUCCAGGGCCAACCAAGACCCCCAGUGGCCAACCAAAUGUGGCAGAGACCUCAGGAGGUAGCCAGCACACCAAUAGGGACUCCCUGACCCCUAGCUCCCAGACAUCAUCCCGUCCCCAAGAAGGCCAUCACUCAGCACCUGCCAAGACAGUCAGGGGACCACCCCAACCCCCAGUGAGGCGGGAUAGCCUUCAGGCUUCGAGAACCCAGCUCCUCAAUGGAGAGCAAUGCCUGACUUCAGAACCUGUGGAUUCCUUGCAACAAAAGGAGAAACCAAGCCUGGAUACAGUGCUAUCCCCAAGGAGCCCUAACAGGUUCUGUUGCCUCAGUGAAAAAGACCAAAUGAUAAGUGAGGACCAUCCAAAUUAUGAGCUUAGCCAGCCACUUGAAUGUAGCCAGCAGGAUUCCAGGCAUCUACUGAUGGAGGCUUCUGCCAAAGCAGCUGGAUCCCUGAAGGCCUGUGAUAAAACUCCCAACAGAGAUUCCAACGUACUCAAUGAACCUGCCUCAGAGCUCUCUAAGGCUCCUUCUUUUGCCAGCCUACCACACCUCAUGGGCCCCACAGGACAUCGUCAUAGUGCCCCUGAACACCUGUUGGCAUCUCACCUGCAGCAGUUGCAUCUGGACCCCAGGGGCAGCAAGGGGAUGGAGCUCCCAGCUGGGCAAGACGGGCACCAGUGGACUCUCUCUCCUUUGCAUAACAGCUACAAAGGAAAGAAAAGUUCAUGUCCCUCUAUCGGAGGAAUCCAGGACAAGCUCACCAAAGAAAGAAACACCAGGCCAGUAGAUGAUCGGCUUUUGGGGCCAGGGCAUCAGAAUCAAAGCAGUUCCUCUCUUAGAGAGGCUGACGGACACCUCCCAGAGCGAAGUUUCCUGGACCCAAACACAGCAAGCAGGGCAGGCAGUGAACUGCCAAGCCAGCAGCCCUCUGCCUCUGGCUCCCACAUUCAACAAACCAGGGACUGUUCUUCAACCACUAAAGUAGACCACAGCACAGAAGUGACAGAAGACAGGGAUGGUGAGCCCAAGGAAUGUGGCCGGAUGGAUGGUAGGCGAAGUGGGGGGACCCGGGGCCGCUCCAUCCAAAACCGACGGAAGAGCGAGCGCUUUGCUACCAAUCUGCGCAACGAAAUUCAGAGGAGGAAGGCACAGCUCCAGAAAAGCAAAGGCCCCUUGUCACAACUGUGUGACACUAAGGAGCCAGUGGAAGAGACCCAGGAACCCCCAGAAAGUCCUCCGCUCCCUGCCUCCAACUCAUCGCUUCUAUCUUUAUAUAGAAACAACCCUAGUCCCAAAGACAAGCUCUUCAACAAAAGUAUGAUGCUCAGGGCUAGAUCUUCAGAGUGCCUCAGCCAAGCUCCAGAGAGCCAUGAACCUAGGACAGGCUUGGAGGGCCGAAUAAGCCCUGGGCAGAGGGCUGGCCCGUCUGCGUUGGGUCUAAACAACUGGUGGAAAGCACCUGAUCCAUCCUCCUCAGACUCUGAGAAACUAAGUCUUUACCAUGGAGUCCGCGGAGGUCACUGGAGAUGGUCUCCGGAACAUAACCGGCAGCCGCACAUGGCACCAGCCGUGGAAGGCCCAUCCAACCCAUGUGACAACCAAGAAUUGCAGGCUUCUACUGCCAAAGCUGGAGAGGAAGCCAUUCUUUUACCUUUUGCAGAUAGAAGAAAAUUCUUUGAGGAGAGUAGCAAGUCCUUAUCUACAUCUCACUUGCCAGGUUUAACCACUCACAGCAACAAGACUUUGACCCAGAGACCAAAACCUAUAGACCCAAACUUCCAAUCCGUGAGCUCCAGCUAUCGGGAGUUGAGGCGUCAUCCAGUGGAUCAAUCGUAUCAUUCCGCAGACCAACCAUACCAUACCACAGACCAACCUUACCACUCCAUGUCACCACUUCAGUCAGAAACGCCGCCUUACACAGAAUGUUUUGCAAACAAAGGUCUAGAAAAUUCCAUGUGUUGUAAGCCACUGCACUGUAGUGAUUUUGAUUACCGCAGGACCUGCUCUUACUCCUGCAGUGUUCAGGGAGCUGUUGUUCAUGACCCCUGUAUCUAUUGCUCUGGGGAAAUCUGCCCUGCUUUGGUAAAGAGAAAUAUGAUGCCAAAUUGCUACAACUGCCGGUGCCACCAUCACCAGUGCGUCCGGUGUUCGGCCUGUUGUCAUAGUCCUCAGCACAGCACCCUUGAAGAGACCAGCUUGGUGCCUGGCAACACUUGGAAACCCAGGAAGCCAACAGUGCAGGAAUUUCCUGGGGACAAAUGGAACCCAGUGACAGGAAACAGGAAUACCAGCCAGUCGGGGAGGGAAAUGGCUCAUUCCAAGACUAACUUUUCAUGGACAACCCCCUUCCACCCGUGCCUUGAGAACCCAGCGCUGGACCUGUCAAGCUACCGAGCAGUUUCUUCUCUUGACCUCCUUGGAGACUUCAAACACGCCUCGAACCAAACUGAGGAACCUUCGGUUUAUGAGGAGAGCUCCCUGGCCUCCAUGCCCCGUCCACUGCGCAGCCGGGCCUUCUCCGAGAGUCACAUCAGCAUGGAGCCACAGAGCACCCGGGCCUGGGGCCAUCAUCGGAGGGAGAUCUUCAACAAAAGUGACGAGACCCAAACAGAUCCUCUGGGAGCCAGGAAAAAGGCCUUCCCUCCUCCUCGCCCUCCACCUCCCAACUGGGAGAAGUACAGGCUCUUCAGAGCAGCCCAGCAGCAGCAGCAGCAGCAGCUGCAGCAACAGCAGCAGCUGCAGCAGCAGCACAAGGAAGAAGAAGAAGAGGUGGAAGAGGAGGAGGAGGAGGAGGAGGAGGAGGAGGAGGAGGAGGAGGAGGAGGAAGAGGAACUGCCACCCCAGUAUUUCAGUUCAGAAACCACUAGCUCCUGUGCCCUCAGUCCUCAGGAGGUCCUGGAGCAGCCGCAGCCACUGAGCCUUGGCCCCGGCCAGGCCCCGAGGCGGGCUUCCCAAGGCCUUCCUGCAGAGCAGGAGCCCUUUACGCUCCAUUCCAGCAACCUCUUGCCUCCAGGAAGGGGCCGCCUGGGAUCUCAGCCUGAACAGGCUCAGCCCCCUUGCUAUUAUGGCGCUGGUGGGCUUUGGAGGACAUCAGAACAGGAGGCCACUGAUCCCUCCAAACAAGAGUUUCAGCACUUGUCACCUCCUCCGGGGGCCCCAGCAGCCCCUACCUCUUAUUCAGCUUAUUACAAUAUUUCUGUGGCCAAGGCUGAACUGCUGAACAAGUUGAAAGACCAACCAGAGAUGGCAGAGAUUGGCUUUGGAGAAGAGGAGGUGGACCAUGAACUGGCUCAAAAAAAGAUACAACUUAUUGAAAGCAUUGGCAGAAAGCUCUCUGUUCUGCGAGAAGCCCAACGCGGGUUGCUGGAGGACAUCAAUGCCAAUUCUGUCCUUGGAGAGGAGGUGGAGGCCAACCUAAAAGCUGUUUGCAAAUCCAAUGAGUUUGAAAAGUACCGCUUAUUUAUCGGAGACCUGGACAAAGUGGUCAACCUGUUGCUGUCACUCUCUGGACGUCUGGCCCGGGUGGAGAAUGCUCUCAACAGUAUUGAUUCGGAGGCUGACCAGGAGAAGUUGGUGCUGUUAGAAAAGAAGCAGCAGCUGACAGGGCAGUUGGCAGAUGCUAAGGAGCUGAAGGAGCAUGUGGACCGCAGGGAGCAGCUGGUGUUCAGCAUGGUUUCUCGCUACCUGCCUCAGGAGCAGCUCCAAGAUUACCAGCACUUUGUCAAGAUGAAAUCCGCUCUCAUCAUUGAACAACGAGAGUUGGAGGAGAAGAUCAAGCUUGGGGAAGAGCAGCUCAAAUGUCUCAGGGAGAGCCUACUCCUGGGGCCCAGCAAUUUCUAAUGCUACCAGCGGUUGGCCAUGGCACCCCUGCCCUGCCACAGUGGGAAGUGCAAGCAGUUGGUUGGGAGUAGACAGCAGUUAGUUAACAGUUUGUUCCAGCCCUUUGCCCUGGGUGUCUCACACUGUCCCUUUCCUAGCAGUGGUCCCAGCCAGUGAGGAGAUCCUGGGGAGACUCUAAGUGUCGUCUACCCUAGGGAGCUGCAACAAGGUGUUCUCAUCCAACCACACUGUCCUUCCCACGGUGUGGGUGUGCACAGGCAAGCACUUACUGCACACGGAACUAGCAAAGUGCCUGCACGCUUCUUAAUGCUAAGACACCAAAGAUAUCACCAACUCACCACCUCCCCCCCUCCUGGAAUUAGCCUCCUAAGGCUCUGAGAGAAGCUGCUGGGUGCAUGCAGCUCCACUCAACUCCAGGGCUCCCUGCCCAGCCAUUUCCUGGGCCAGACAUCUGGCUGCUUUGAGAGUACAUUCACUUAGCACCAGUUUGAGGGCCUCACCCUAGCUUCGCAGUAGGAAGCAUAGAAGGAGAAAUUACACUUAACUUAAUUAGCAGAAUGCAAAGAUGAGGCGGCCCCAGGUGGCCCUCAGGAAGGAGCCAGACAUAAACAAAUUGGUUCCAGCCCCACCUUGUCCAGCAGCCGGAAAAGAGGGAGGACAGCUACUCUCAGUCCUCACCCUGUUCUGAGACUCUGGUCCCAUCUUUCUUUGCUGGGCUUAGCAGGUGCCUACCCCAGGGCCUCACACAUUAAUGGCCCAUUAAUUGCUGUACUAAAGUUGACUUCUGGAUAUAGGUCUCAUUGUUGCUGGGGUGGGUGGAUGUUCUUAUUGUUAUAUUUUAAAUGGCCUUUUAAUCUUAUUUAUUUUUUAUGUUUUGAUCUUUUUCAUUCUUUCUUUUUUGUUUUGUUUUGUUUUGUUUUGUUUUAACUAAUAAGGCAAGAAGAGGAAAGUUGGAGAGGGGAAAGUUAGCCCAGAAGGAAAAGCUUUUCUGCAUAUCAGCCUGAUUCCGCCAUGGCUAGGUAAGCGAGUGCCAAGGCAUUGAAUUCUUCCUACUUAACUAGAAGUGUCUAAGAAGAAGUUCUGUCCUUGAACUCAGAGCUGCUGAACCACAGCCUGGCCCUGUGUCUACCCUAAUGUCUGAGUGAUCAUGAGCUUAGCAUUCCCCCAGCAAGAUUCAGUUUCUUCUUCUUCAUCUUUUUUUUUUUGAAACCAAAGAAUCUCCUAAAUCUGACAAAGACUCAUCCAUUACUCUACUCAUCUCCAAGCUAUGGGAUGCGUGGAAGUGUAUUUAGGAGUUCCUCUAACAAUUGCUUUCUUAGCCUGUGGCCUGACAUAGGGAACCAAAAUUCGCAGGAGCUGGGAACUGUAGUUAGAGCCAGUCCCUCAGAACAAGUUAUGAUCCAGCAAAUUACGAUGCUGUAGUUCCUCUUAUCCACAGGAACUAGAGCCGCCCCCUCCCCCCAUGGAUGCUUGAAACAGCAAAUAGUACUGAACCUGAUCUAUAUUGUGUUUUUAACCUGAUACAUAUUGUUUUUUUCUCCUAUAUGUACUGUAGCAUUGGGCAGAGUUACCCUUUCAUGUGACAUGUCCUAGUGCAUCCUUCCCAUUGCAACAGUUGCACUUUGGGGUCAUUAUUAAGUAAAACAAGGCUUCCUUAAACACAAGUGCCGUGAUACCAUUACAGUCAACCUGAUCAUCAAGAAGGCCACCGAGGGGGCUAAUAGGUGUCCAUUUGCUGGUCAAAGGGAUGACUCAUGUUCUGAGUGAAGUGAAGCAGGAUGCUGUGAGAUGUCAGCAUGCUACUCAGAAUGACAUGCCAGUUAAAACUUAUGAAUUAUUUCAAAGAUUUCCCAUUCAGUAUGUUUGAAAUAGUUGACCACUGCUCACUGAAACCGGAGAAAGUAAAAGAAUGGAUAAGGGAUAGUGGCGUGGGGGUGCUGCUGCAUGAACUACUAAAACUGCUGCUCUUGUCCAGGCCCUGGCACUGGUAACCAGCCUUUGUCCUGGAAAAACCCUAGAGGGAAAUGACAGAGGGAAAGUUGUGACAAAACUCUGACCCUUACCCAACUCAAUCCCCUGCUUGGUAUAUAAUCUAGCCCAACCCUCUCCUCAAAGCCGCCCCCCCACCUCUCUUCCAGCCAGGCAAAUUCCUCAGAAUCCUUUGAGAUUCACUGUAGCAGGAGUACCUCAUUCAGCCAAAGAAUUUGCCAAGGAACUUUGCUGUUGCUACAAAUACUGCUAACUUCCUUUUCCUCUUCAUUGUAUUGGGAAACAAUGGAAGAAUCUUGGCCCAAGGAUGUCUUGGGAGUGGGUAGGAAUCCUUUCUGUGAGUCUCUUGGUAUGCUCUUAGCAUUGCUGUUGCCAGAACCACUGUUAGAAAUUCACCCCCUCUGCAAUUCUCCCCUCCAAUGGAAGAACUAACUUUGUUUAUGAUGGCUGAGGGUUAUAAAGGACUAUGCUUAUGCAAGCCAAGGUUGAGGAAGGUGGGAAAAUGCUUUGAGUAGAGGCUAUGGUUACCAUCUUUUUUUUUUUUUUUUCAAUGACGAGGCUCUAGGACAAGCAAUAAGCAAGUUGUAAUGUCUGUGGUUGGGGGAUGAGACUGAUGUCCUCACUCUAAGAUUUGGGGGCUGGAAUGUCUUUUUGGAACUGUUGACCCAGGGGGGGAAAUGCUCACUUACCAGGACACCAUGGCCAUAGUCUGGAUUUUUAAAGUAGGUCUUAGAUCAGCUGUACCUUAAGUUUAUGACACCCCAAAUACUGUUAUUUUUGAUAUUUGUUAUUUUUGUCUCUCACACCACUUCAAUCUACUUUCUGGAGUUGGAAUAAAACACAAAGAUUCUCAUUUUCCUGUGGAAUGACAAUUUCUGAAGCACUGAAAAAUAGACAGUAGACAAGGGUGAACUACUAAACUAUUAAACAGGCCCUGAUUUGCUGUUGUGAGCAAUAGUAUUCCCAUACUAUACCCAAUAUUCCUUGAGAUGUCCCUAACCCAUCUCAGUCCCUGGGUUCAUCCCUACUCCAGGGCCUGCCAAGGGGUUUACAGGUUAGAAGGCAGGCCAAAGGAUUUCCCCAGACAGUUACAGAUCUUGGCUUCUGCUCUCUUCCUUCAAAUACUUAGAGGACUGAGUGGAUUAUAGGUGAGAAUGGUGGUUGAUAGACACAGAAAGAUCAGGGAAGAAAUAUCACAUAUCCUCCCCUACUCCCCAGGCCUUGGAUAAUUGAUUAUCCUCAAUCCCCACAGCUAGAAACUCAGCCAGGAUAUGGCAGUACUUGCCUAAGUAGAAUUGAAGAUGAUGAGACAAUGACACUGAAAUGAAGCCCUAGAAAGCGAGAGGUUAGAAGCAGAGGAAAGGAGAGGAAGCUCCUCUUGCAAGGCCAGGUUCAAGCUGUUCUCCAUUUGAUUUUGUGUGCCAAAAAGUUGACCAGGGUCUAUAUCCUGAACCCCAGCCUCCCUGAAGGUGCUGUGCUGUGAGUAGCAGGCCGUUGAUGGAGGAAGCCUGGCACAUUUCUUGCCAUUCCCCACCCUCUGAGCUUGGAAACUCCUGCUGUCCUUGCCAAAGGAGUUCCCUAUGCUGAUAAUAUUUCUGUAACAGUGUAUUGUACUAUUUGAAGAUUAGUAGAUCUUUGGGGAGGGAGGGUGGGGUAGGGUGUGGUUUCUGUAGAUAAAGAACCAGUGUCUGUUGUACAACUGUUGGGGGGUCGUCUAUCCCAUGUAAAGCUGUUAUUUUUCUGAAUCUUAUUAUUUCUGCAUUUGUGUCCUCCACCUUCUCGGCUAACAUAAAUAUGCCUGCCAGAUUGUCAUCAAGGAUAAUACUUCAAUAAAAGGUGCUAAGG